GCAAUAUGGCACAAUGGAUGCGCAAAUGAAUAUGGUAUGCGAUUUUGAAAGGACAAAGCGGUAUCAGGAAGCGAUCCAAGGCCAACGGGCCUUGCUGGACGGCUCCGUCGUCAUGGACGUCGGAAGCGGAACAGGUAUAUUAAGUGUCUUCUGUUGCCGGGCUGGAGCACGAAGAGUGUAUGCCGUUGAGGCCUCCGCAGCAAUGAACAUAAUGCAGCAUUUGCUGGCUCAUAACGAGCCCUUUUACAGAGAGCGCAUAAUUGGGAUUCAUGACAAGCUCGAGAACAUCCACGAGCUCCCAGAAAACGGUUUCAAAAGUGCCUGUGCUGGUGCUAAACGGGGUCAUGAAUUAGACGUGCUGACAAGCAUUGGGGGCAGAGACCGAGCGGGAAAGGGCAGAGGAAACUGCGGUUGUCUCGCGAAAGGCCCUUCUUCUCCGGGGGCUUCCUUGGAACCGGUUCUUCAAUCCAGCAUGGAAACGAAGGACUUAAUGUUGGCUGCGGAACGAGAAGAGGCUGCAGAAAAGCAACCGAUUGAAAGUGAGGUUCGUGGUGAGGUUGGAGAAGAUACAGACCCGGAGCAGGCGGCUUGUCAAGAAGCGGGUUGUGAGGAUGCGGUUAACCAGUCAUCUUUGUGCGUGCUAGCUAGUUCCCAGAAUGGUGUGUGCCAUACGACUAAAGUUUAUAGUGCUCUGGAGCCGGUGGAAACAGCGACGCGAGAAGGACUGGGAGAGGAGGGGUUGAUGGGACAUAGUGCACCGGGGCCAAAACAGGAGGUCAAGCCGGUGUUGGUGGGUCAUGGCAAGAGCGGUUGUGAGAAGAGCGGUCACGAGAAGGGCACAGCGAAUGUAGUGACAACUAGCGAUGAGCCGGUGGAGGAGCCAGUGGUUAGGAAUAAGAGCAAAACGAGUGGUCUGCAUCUCUGUGAUGGGGUCGAGACGGUUGGUAAGCCCUUGGGGAAGGUAGACGUGAUUGUAUCGGAGCCGAUGGGUAUCUGUCUGGUGUCUGAAGGAAUGAUGAAGACGUUAUUGGUAGCUCGUGAUCGGUUUUUGCGUCCAGGUGGAAGUAUAAUUCCUCGAAAGGCGAGUGUUUAUGUUGGAUUGACGAGUAAUAGUUACUAUGGUUUAUAUAUAUCCCGUGAGAGUCAGUUAUGGCGUCAGAAGAAUAUGUAUGGUCUGGAUUGGCGUAGUUUGCAUACUGCUGCUAUUCAUGAGUUAUUGGUGAGGCCUGUAAUAAUGGAUGUGGAUGAUCUGGUGAGUGAGUAUGGGUGUGAAUCGGUGGAAGAGAACGUUGCUACUAGGCCAUCGUCAUCGAAGCCGUCAUCUCCUCAGCUAGGUAAGAGAAGGAGAGUGUGCGUUGAGCAGGGUAAUAAGAGCAAUGGCGAAGCUUGUGUAUCAGGAGGAGGCGGCUGGCAAGAUUUUCGGUUAAAGUCCGAAAGCUAUCAACAGAGCAACUAUGGUGCAGUCCAUUUCGAUCUACUAACCUGCCCAUCGAAUUCCUUUGACGAAAUCCCUAUCUGCUUUACUGUAGGACCGCUAAGCAACGAUGUCACCCUAACAGCCUUUGUUGUUUGGUUCGAUGUAGAAUUAGCUGCGCAAGUCGUACUGAGCACACAUCCAUUCGCACCACGAACGCACUGGCAUCAGACCGCAUUCAUACUCGAACGACCAAUACUACUAGAAGCCGGUGAAACACUCACUGCAACCUUCCAUAUGAGGUGCCGAGAUAGAAGCUACGACUGUCAAGGUAAACUUUAUAAAGACGAUAUCUGCAUCGGGAAAACUCUCGUCUGUCCUCUAAAAUAUGCUGUUCAGGUAUAG